AUGUUGGGCAGAAUAUGUGCGAGCAGACAUCUCACGUGCUCCGCUUCCACCUCUUUUUUAAUUCCGACUAGUGACAGAGUGAGCAAAGAAACGAAUAUUUCGUGCAAUUAAUUCGAUGGUUUUAGGUGAAACAACGACGUAAUCUGAGCGCCCUCCCGUCCGGAAUCGCCCCCGCUUUCCAGUACGCAACCGAUUGCUACAUAACGCAGACAAUCCAACUAGGGAUGGAAGGACUGCACGGGCUGGGACUCUCCUGGCCCAGCGCCUUCAUUUCGGCCGCUAUUCUCCUCAGGUUAGGCACUGCGCCACUCCAUGUGUACGCAGAAAAACUGUUCGCGAAUAGACUUCAUGCUCAGAACUUCCUCACUCAAGGCAUUCUCAAGGUUUCGGAAUAUAAUCUCUUACUCAUAAACUAGUCGGAUUUCAGAGAGUGAGCGAGAGAUAUCGUGUGCAAUUGGGUCCAAGUGCCGACGGAACGAAACUGGAAGUGAAAUCGAAUGAUCCGAAAAUUGCGCAAAAGACGCAGGAAGCGCUACAAGAAGUUCCUGCGAUGCUCGUCGAGCACGGACUGCAAGCCGCCCGUAUCCAGAAUCUGAAGAUGUGCACGGUGCCCGUCUGGAUUUUCUCGUCUUUCGCUCUGCGAAACGUCAUCAAUUCGGACUUCCAUCCGUCCGUUUCUGGUGGUCUCUGGAUUCCCGACAUGCUCUCUCCUGACCCGUAUUUCAUUUUGCCGGUUGCCGUCGGAGUCUUUGGCUUUUUGAAUCUUUAUGUAACUUGUUUGCAGUUUUUAAAGAAAUAUUUUCAUUUGUUUCCAGUCGCAACGAAAAAUUUAUCCGGGUGUGAUCAAGAUUACGUGGAAGCAGAAGUCUUACGACGCAGUGCUCGCGUUCUUCACCAUGUUCGCCGUUUCCAUCAUGGCCCAGCUGCCAGCGGUAACAUUUUCUCUGAGAGUCAUCAAAAUUCUUUCGUUUCAGUGUAUCCCAAUGUAUUGGCUCGUCGUGUCCACCACCGGAAUGGCUCAAGCACAGCUGCUCAGGCAUCCGAAAGUCAAAGGCCUUUUUGGUAUCAAAAAGCUGCCGACGGAUUCUCGCACGCCAAUUCGGGACCUUUUCAAAAUGAGAGACUUCUAA